CUUGUCUGAAAACACGGAAAACUCGUCGCGAUUAUUCGAUAAACGCAACUAGCGCGUAUUGUGUCAUUUCACGACGAUCAGCGUUUGACCGGUCAGUAUCGAAAAUGACAGUUUCGCGGGGUUACUCCAAUAGAGCGAGACCGAUAAUUUUUUCGUGUAGUGAAAAAAAAAAAAAAUGCACACACUGACAAUUUGUAUAAAAGCGACGGAUAAUUUAUACGCGAAUAAUUGCACAAUCAUGUACAGCGACGCUUUCAGGUAUUCUAGCGUAUCUGUCGCUUCAUACAAUGCCUAUCUCGCAUGACAGAUGGCAUACGGCUCAAAGCAACAUCGUUAAAAUAAUUUCCAAAGCCUGAUUAAAUGAUCAUGAUAAAAUAGCAUCCUCUGAGCCGAGCUGUCAAUUGUGCCGUCAAUAUGAACAUUGGUCCUGCAAAUGUUGCCGAAUUAUUCCAUCAUUUGGAGUCUAAUAAGCUCGGAGAGGUUGAGGAGAUCAAGAAAGUAUUUCACGACCAAUUUCUGUGCACUAAGGAUAGUUGGUUGAUAAAUGGAUUAUUUGAUUAUUACCUUUCCACAAAUUCUGCAAGGACGGCUGAAGUAUUAGCAGGAGUUCGAGAUCCGCAUGACAAACACUUGUUGGAUCGUUUAUCAGACAUUCUUUCAAAGCCUACUAGUAAUAGUAAACAGAGAAUACAGGCACUUACACUGCUUGGACUUAUAGCCAGGCGUCAGCCAACUUGGUUGUACAAGCUAGCCAAUCAUGCUUUAUUCAGAGAUUUACUCAAAUUACUUAAGGUGGAGGCAGAUAUAGUACCACUUAUGAGUGCCCUUCUUUUAUUAGUAAUGUUGUUACCAAUGUUACCUGCUGCUCUAGGGCCAUAUCUACCAGAAAUAUUUGAGGUAUUUGGCCGAUUGGCCUCUUAUCAUCAUCAAUUGUCUUUACUUUCUCCUACUCCUUUUACUUUGACUACAAAUGUCAUCUGCAAGGAUCACUUGCAUCUCAUACAUUUGCAGGUAGGAUUGUACAACUUGUUUCAUAGACUGUAUGCAAUGUAUCCUUGCAAUUUUAUGUCAUACCUGAAGCAACAGUAUGUUCAACGUGAGCAAUUGGCCAUAUUUACUCAUACUAUUAGACCUAUGUUGGAUUCUGUGCGUGUGCACCCUUUGCUUGUUACAGCAUCCAAAGAUGCGGAAAUUUCAGCCACUAGAUGGAAAAAGAUGGAACAUCACGAUAUUGUGAUAGAAUGUGGCCGUUUUACGUUAGAUAAAUAUCGAGAAGAAAUAUUAGGCUUAGCUAAUUCUCGAUGCACUCCACCUCUAGAUCAAUCUUCCACUACUUGCGCGCCGAUAAAUAUUUAUGAGGGAGUGACAACUACAGAGAUAAAUGAGAGCAAUGGAGAGGAGGAUACGUUCUGGUCACCAAGCAUGACAAUGUCACCACAUAGUCCACCGUUUCAAAAUACAUCUCACGAGCCGCGCUCUGCUCCUCCAACACCUAAUAACAACCGAAGCGGUACUUCUCCACCUGAGGCUGCUAUAGAAGCUACUCCCGAGACAACUCCUGUCAAGGAUUUGCGAAAGAUAUCAACGAGACAACUGCCUGUUGGAUCUAGCGCGGUACGUGCUUUGAACGCAUUAGGCAAUGGCACAUCCUCUCGACCGUCAACGCCCACUCCUGUAAGUUUAUAUUCUGGUUCAGGAGCGAGAAAUACGGAUAUGGCAACAAGUACACACGGAUUUCUGUCUCAUAAAUUAAACAAAAUUAUGAUGGACAGACAAAGUGUCCUACAGCCGCAAAAAGUAACGAGUAAUAACGAAGAAAACGAAAGGCUUUUAGAAAUAGCUAUGCGCCAGAACGGGAAAAAUGAUUCUUGGCAAGAAGAUCAAGAGGUUUUGGAAAUCGUCAGUUCGCACGGCAAUGGAGUAGCUGAAAUGCCAAAAUACAUCGAAUCGCAAUCUGAAGACCAAAGUGAGAAAAACACGUACGGUUCUACAACCGAUUUAUCGCAAAAGGUUUAUAAACUUCGAUUAUAUUCUCAAUAUCAGAAUCCAGUGGAAAAAUCAAACUCGAAAGUAACGCACACGAUUCGACACUCCAAAUCUUGUCCUGAUAUAAGAAUGCAGAAAAAAUAUAACAGCGAGGAUGUGACAGCCAAAUCAGUGAAAAAGUUUGAGAAUGCUGGCACCCAGACAUGCGAUUUAUUUCCGUAUAAACACUUGUUGCUGGGAAUGUUAGAUCAGAACAGUCAAAACUUUAGUCAAGAGUGUUCCGAUUCAAGACUGUUGCCGAUCAACAUGCUCGAUCGGUAUAUUGAGACAUGUACAAGAGUGAAUAACUUCUCUAGCAAAACUAGAACAAACGGUGCCAGACAGAAACAAAAGAAGAAGGGCGAAGAAGAUGUCGAAGAGGACAAAGGAGAUGACGAUGGUAUAGAUUCGCUUUGUGCUAAUCAGUUAUCAAUCAACUUUCAACUUACACAAAUGCAGCUACAGUUUGAACGGCAACGACGAGAGGUUUAUGCCGAGCGUAAUCGGCGUUUAGUCGGUAAAUUGAGGGAUUCACGAGCUUCGGAAGAGCAUAAUGUUGCUCUGACCGAACGUUUAAAAUUGUUCGAGAGAGAAAUUGAAGACCUAAAAGCACAAUUAGAACAUAAUAAAAAAGCAGCACAUCUCGCUGAGGAACAAUAUAAGGAAGCUAUGCAUUAUUGGCAAACUAAAUGCACCGAAGAACAACAACAAAGUCAUACACUCAAAGAACGCUUAGAGUGUCUUGAACUAGAAUUAAAAAGUGAACAAAAGAAAGCAACGGAAACACAACAACAACUUCGUUCUACUGAAGCGGAACUUUUCAACGCGGGACACCAACUUAAGACAGCACUUGAAGCUGCGGACCGAUCUAAAGAACUGGAACGUAUAAUGGAUACCAUGCAGAAAAAAUUUGUUCUUUCAGGAGAGGCAAAAUGGAAAUUAGAAGAAAAUAUAGCUACUUUUACGCCAACAGUUAAGCAUGAAACGACGCUAAUUCAGAAAGCAUAUACAGAAGAAUUAAAUAACAUUCGACGACAGUUGGAAUCGCGAACAUCACACUUGGAAGCGCUGAAAGCACGUUUGAGUGAGGUAGAGAACAAAGAGGCGCGCACAGAAGCGCAACUGGUGAAUCUCCAAAGACUCUUGCAAGAGACAAAAGAUCGGCAUGCGUUUGAAUUGGAAACUGUAGAAUCGAAAUAUCAGGCGCAAGUAGAAAUAAUUCUACUUUUAGAGAGUCGUAUACUUGAGCUUCACGGCAAACUGGAGACUGCAACGUACUCCAAUACAUCGCCGAUGGCUAAUCCCGCUUCUUCAGCUUCGCCUAAAGAGCGAUCCCCACCUCUCUCAACCAGCUUGGCCUCGUCCAGUGAGGGCAGCCUCGCAUUUAUUCAUCCAGGCGCCGGAAUCAUUAUGAACGAUUGUUGCGACACUUCAACGGGCGAGAUUCCGAAUCUACAAGCUAUGAUAGAACCCGUACCAAGUAGCAGUCAAGUCACUUCACCGUCACGUUCUAUCGUUCAACGACCACCAUUGUCAAAACAAGACUAACGCUGCGGAAAUGUUUGCCUCGACAUAAGCUUCUCGUAUAUCGCCUACAAAACAAUAUACGGGACUAUUAUCAAAGUUUACAAACGAAUGGCCGCGACAAAGAUUCGCGGCACAUAUAAGAAGAAAGUUAUUUGUAGCUUUUUAUUGAUAGAGUAGAUGAGAUUCAUAAAAAAAAGUUGUGCUAAUUGACUGGUUGCAAUCGAGCAGGCAUGCUAAGUUUGUUAGCAUUGAUAUAUCUCCUCUCUUGGAAAAUGAAUUCACAGUGAAUAAAUGGUUGAGAUAUUUUGCUGACCAAUUUUGGUA